CCGGGCGGCGGAGCGGGUCCGGCCCGGGGCGGCGAGGGAGCCCGCGUCCGACUGAGCCCGCUCCCGCCGCGAGAGGCGGGCUCCAGCCGCGGUUCGCGCGCUCGCGCUGAGCCCGGCGCCCAGGUGGGAUGGAAGAAGCCUAUCAGGUGCAGACAACCAAGCGAGGUGAUGCUCAUGAGUUAAGAAACAUAUUCCUACAGUAUGCCAGUACUGAAGUCGAUGGAGAGCAUUACAUGACCCCAGAAGACUUUGUCCAGCGUUAUCUUGGACUGUAUAAUGAUCCAGAUAGCAAUCCGAAGAUUGUUCAGCUCUUGGCAGGAGUAGCUGAUCAAACCAAGGAUGGGUUGAUCUCCUAUCAAGAGUUUUUGGCAUUUGAAUCUGUUUUAUGUGCUCCAGAUUCCAUGUUCAUAGUGGCUUUCCAAUUGUUUGACAAGAGUGGAAAUGGAGAGGUGACAUUUGAAAAUGUCAAAGAAAUUUUUGGACAGACUAUUGUUCAUCAUCAUAUCCCUUUUAACUGGGACUGUGAAUUUAUUCGACUGCAUUUUGGGCAUAAUCGGAAGAAGCAUCUUAACUAUACAGAAUUCACACAGUUUCUCCAGGAGCUGCAAUUGGAACAUGCAAGACAAGCCUUCGCACUGAAAGACAAAAGCAAAAGCGGCAUGAUUUCUGGUCUGGAUUUCAGUGACAUCAUGGUUACCAUUCGAUCUCACAUGCUUACGCCCUUUGUGGAGGAGAACUUAGUUUCAGCAGCUGGAGGAAGUAUCUCACAUCAAGUUAGCUUCUCCUACUUCAAUGCAUUUAACUCAUUGCUGAAUAACAUGGAGCUUGUUCGUAAGAUAUAUAGCAUUCUAGCUGGCACAAGGAAAGAUGUGGAAGUCACAAAGGAGGAGUUUUCCCAGAAUGCAAUACGCUAUGGACAAGUCACCCCACUAGAAAUUGAUAUCCUAUACCAACUUGCAGACUUAUAUAAUGCUACAGGGCGCUUGACUUUGGCAGACAUUGAGAGAAUAGCCCCGUUGGCUGAGGGGGCCUUACCUUACAACCUGGCAGAGCUUCAAAGACAGCAAUCUCAUGGUUUAGGCAGGUCUGUCUGGCUCCAGAUUGCCGAGUCUGCUUACAGAUUCACUCUGGGCUCAGUUGCUGGAGCUGUGGGAGCCACUGCAGUAUAUCCUAUAGAUCUGGUGAAGACCCGCAUGCAAAACCAGCGUGGCACUGGCUCUGUGGUGGGAGAGCUGAUGUACAAAAACAGCUUUGACUGUUUUAAGAAAGUCUUGCGUUAUGAGGGCUUCUUUGGACUCUACCGGGGCCUGAUACCACAACUUAUAGGGGUUGCUCCAGAAAAGGCCAUUAAACUGACUGUUAAUGAUUUUGUUCGGGACAAAUUCACCAAAAGAGAUGGUUCCAUUCCACUUUUUGCAGAAAUCCUUGCUGGAGGUUGUGCUGGCGGCUCUCAGGUCAUCUUUACCAACCCACUGGAGAUAGUAAAGAUUCGGCUGCAGGUGGCUGGGGAGAUCACCACAGGACCCAGGGUCAGUGCCCUCAACGUGCUCCGCGACCUGGGACUUUUUGGUUUGUAUAAGGGUGCCAAAGCGUGUUUCCUCCGAGACAUUCCCUUCUCCGCCAUCUAUUUUCCUGUUUAUGCUCAUUGCAAACUACUUCUGGCUGAUGAAAACGGACGCGUGGGAGGUGCAAACCUCCUUGCAGCUGGAGCCAUGGCAGGUGUGCCUGCCGCUUCUCUGGUAACCCCGGCUGAUGUCAUCAAGACAAGACUGCAAGUGGCUGCCCGCGCUGGCCAGACGACAUACAGUGGUGUCAUCGACUGUUUCAGGAAGAUACUCCGGGAAGAAGGGCCCUCAGCUUUUUGGAAAGGAACAGCAGCCCGAGUGUUUCGGUCCUCUCCCCAGUUUGGUGUUACCUUGGUCACCUAUGAACUUCUCCAGCGGUGGUUUUACGUUGACUUUGGAGGCCUCAAACCCUCUGGCUCAGAACCCACACCGAAGUCACGCAUCGCAGACCUUCCUCCUGCCAAUCCCGAUCACAUCGGUGGAUACAGACUCGCCACAGCCACUUUUGCUGGCAUUGAAAACAAGUUUGGCCUUUAUCUCCCCAAAUUUAAAUCUCCUAGUGGCCCUGUGGCUCAGUCAAAGCCAGUGGCAGCAGCUCAGUGAUGAGACGACCACUGAGUGUGGCAGAGUAGCUCCCUGAAGAGGAAGGCCUAGAGAGCAGCCCUGUGAUGCACCCAGGCAGCCGCACGAUGCUGACUGAGCUGAGUCUAUAUGUCAUAUACAUGUAUUUGUUUAUAGUCAUUUCCCAGGAAAAGAUACAAUGCAGUUUCAAGCUUUAGUCUUACGUGUUGAAAUGUUUUUAAGCUUUGGCAUGAGUUAGUGUUCUAGACUGCUUUGCACAGCUUGCACUUAUAGUGAGUGACUGUACAUAUUGUACAUCUUUGUACAGAGACAUCUUGGCACCUCAUCCCAACAAAUCACAUUUAUAGAAUGUAUGCAGUUCCUAGUGGCUUGAAAUGUACAGAAUGUUUUGAAAGUGUUUUAUUAAGAAUCACACGAAAAUAAAUGUAUUACAAUUAAA